UACUCUGUGUGUGUAAUAGGAGGAGUGUACUCUGUGUGUGUGUGUGUGUGUGUAAUAGGAGGGGUGUGUACUCUGUGUGUGUGUGUGUGAAUUUAGUUCCUCGAAUCUUUUCUUUCAGUUUUCAUUUCGAUGCUGCUGUUAGUCCCAGAUUUACAGAAAUUUACCAGCACUUACUCAGAACUUUACAUUUAUUACUUUUACUACAUUAACGUUUUUUUUGGAAAUUAAUUCGGACCAAACUGCUUGUUCAUCAGUUUUUUUGUGGAUCAAGGCAUGGCUGAGCCUUACAGCACCGACACUGUGAAACAAGCGGAGGAAGCGGUUCGGUGUCUGAGUGAUGCUCUCGGUACGGGGGACAGAAACGAGGCGGUUCGGUGUGUAGAGCAGCUCGUUACGCUGAACGUACCGGUGUGUGUGAACCUCACCUCAGAUGCUUAUUCCAGAGAACAGAUCAGGUUGAGAGUCUGGGUAGAGGAUGCCGUGUCUGAUGCCCACAUCACUACAAUGGUGACACCGGGUACGACGAUCUCUGAACUGAAGGAGAAGAUUAAUCAUGACUACGGCUUCCACCCCUCCCUGCAGUGCUGGAUCGUAGGAAAACGACUCGCUCAGGACAGAGACACGCUGUUCAGCCACGGCAUCACCGACAAUGACGACCCCGCGUUUUUGUUCAUCAGAUCCGCUCGUGCCGCCCAGCUCAGCCGCGAACAGCAUAAGCUAGAGAAGCAGGAGAGGAAGAUAGGCGGUAUAAUUGAAAACAUUGAGGUGCUUACCCUACAAAGCAGAGGCACAGCAGCACUGGGGGCGCCGCUCAGACAACAUUCUGAACCAAAGCGGCGCACAAUGCGUCCUCCCAAACCGCCUAAACCAGAGGUGGGCUGGUCGUGUCUGCAGUGCACGUUCAUGAACAAACCCACGCGUCCGGGCUGCGAGAUCUGCAGCGCCGACAGACCUGAAAACUACAAAGUGCCCAAUUUAUACCAACCGGACAAAGAAGAGGCGCGCAGGAUUCAGCAGGAGACGCUGGCCAGUCUACAGUACGAACAGGCCGUCUUGGAGGAGCGGGAGAAGAACUUCCUCUCCCUGCUGGAGACGGAUAACCAGGACCUGGUCAGUAACAGAGACGAGCUGGACUGCACUAUCUGCUACUGUCCAGUCCUGCCAGGCGAGGGCGCCACGCUCCGAGAGUGCCUGCACACCUUCUGCAGGGAGUGUCUGAAGCAGACUGUCCUGAACUGUCUGGACGCCGAGGUGAAGUGUCCCUACGCUGACCAGCAGUACUCCUGUAACUGCACCCUGCAGGACCGCGAGAUCAAAACACUCUUGUCGGAGGAAGAGUACCAGAAGUUUUUGGAGCUGAGGCUGAGCAUCGCUGAAACCCGCAGUGAGAACAGUUACCACUGUAAAACCCUGGACUGUCCCGGUUGGUGCAUCUUCGAGGACGACGUCAACGAAUUCACCUGCGACACCUGCAAACAGACCAACUGCCUCCUGUGCAAGGCCAUUCACAACGGUAUGAACUGUAAGGAAUACCAAGAUGACCUUCACCUCAGAGCACAGAACGACGCCGCGGCCAAAAAGACCACAGAAAUGCUGGAGAUGAUGCUGAAAAGCGGUGAAGCCAUGAACUGCCCCAAAUGUAAAGUAAUCGUGCAGAAGAAGGACGGCUGUGAUUGGAUCUGCUGCCUCAUGUGCAAAACCGAAAUCUGCUGGGUGACCAAACAGGCCAGAUGGGGCCCUCAGGGUCACGGUGACACAUCCGGCGGGUGUAAGUGUCGCCUGAACGGUUUGCCGUGUCACCCAAACUGCCAAAACUGUCACUGAUCUCUGAUGAGGACAUGGUGGACCCCCUGGACCUUUACGAAAAGUGACACAUCAAGCAUUAAUCUGCUCUCCGACAGGCGAAGCUUCUCAUCUUUAUAUAAUACAUAGGACGAUAAUCGGUUGGGUAUUUGAUCAGAUUCAUUAUUCACUUUACUAAUGUAACUAAUUGUUUACAAAAUAUACAGAUCAUGUAGAUUAAUAAACAAAAUCUUCUGCAAAUGCAUAUCUAUGGCCAAAAGUAUGUGGACACCCCUUCUAACUAUUGAGUUCAGGUGUUUCAGCCACACAACACUGUAAGUGAAUAAAGAUUAUUGACAGUUUAAUUGGCAACAGUUUAAGGAAGGCCCUUUCCUGCUCUCUUCACUGCUCCCUGUGCACAAAGUGAGGUAGUUGUAAAGGAAUUUUGGUGGCUUGCAUUAAACCCUAACCUCAACGCUACCGAACACCCUAAAAAGAAAUCAAAAAAUCAAUUGCUCUUACUGUACCUCAUAAGCACAAAUUCCUACAGACACACUUCAAAAUGUUGUGGAAAGACGUCACAGAACAGAGCAGGUUGUGCUGGCCAAUACUAUACUCAUGACUUUGCUUUGGUUUUGGAACUAUAUGUACAACAAGCUUGUGGUUAUCUACGUGUCCACAUACUUUUGGCACUUUUUGGAACACUCCCGACUCUGUAUACAGUCGCUAUUAGCUCUUAAAUUACAUGUACGUGAGUUAAGAAGCUCUGGAGUUAGUUCCUAACUGUUCAUAGCACUAAGAUCAAGUGGUAACGAAAUGUUCUACAUAAUGUUAUAAAUCUGUAUAUGUCUAUAA